AUGAGCACGGAGCUGGCAACACUGCACGAGUCUUUGUUGGACUUUCAGAGGCAGAUGAGGGCUUUGCUGUUGCGAGUUGAGACUCUGGAAAGGCGAUCAGAAUCUAGCUGGGAAGUGGUAGCUGAUCCACACGGUGCGUCCGAAGGGCUUGCUGAGUGGGAAAGCCGCCUUAUUGCUGCGACAACUCCGGACGCUGUUCUGGCUGCUGCUUUGAGCUCUAUCAACCAUUUGCUGUCAGCUCGUGGCACUCUGAGCACUGUGAGCGGCUGGUGCACCCGUGCAAGAUUGGGUCGUGCUCUUCGCGCUGGAGUGGUAGCUCGUCGCUGCCAGGCCUCUGGAAUGGCCAGUGGAGCUGUGAGUGGCUCUGUGACUGCAGAAUUUGUAAAUCGUGCCCUAGCUGGCUCCGUCAAAGAUCGUUUGUCAGCUCUGGUUUUGACUGAUUCAGCAACUGGAAACGCAACAUGGAAAAGUCAAGUUUUGCUGGUCCGCUCUCGCGUCAAUGGGUUCAUGGCAAUGUUGCCUCGAGCCGCCGAAAUCGAAGAGUGUUUACAUGCCUUCACCAUUUCUCCAGGAGAAGAGGUGGUUAUGCUGUCCGCGGUCGAUGUGGCCUUCGAGACAGCGCGUGGCCGACAGCUGGGAGAAGGUCCGGUUCUCAUCGCAGAUUUGCCUUGGAGCUAUCUAGGACUGUUCAGAAAACCCGGCCGCAAUGGCCUGCCCCUGGUGAGUUUUCAGCACGAAUCGGGUGCCGGCCGCCCAUCCUUAGAUGCCGCUCUGAUCGUUGCCGAACAGUGGAUCCACGAUGUGUUAGAUCCCGAUACUGCCAACGAGUAUGCUUCAGCAUUCGAAGAUGGUGUGCCUAUCGAGGAUGCCGAGGACGAAGUGCCCAGUCCGAGCACACUCCGUGCUGCCGUGCCAGAUCAUGUAGCUGCCUUGCAGGAGCGCGUGGCCAUGCUAGAAGGCCUUGUGAAAGCUCAGGGAACAGGCGGCCAGACAGGUCGUGGAGAAUCGGGCCUGAAGUCCAGUUUGUUCGACCGUGCGCCCAAGCAGACCAUCACUCAGGCAGAGCUCGAGCGUCUGCACCGAGCAGUGGGCCCUGCGCCCAAACGUCUAGGUCGAGCAGAGGCAGGAGGUCAGCAGACAGGGUUCCGCCCGGAUCCAGCGGACGAUGCCUUGUUGGCAGAGGUGGAUCGAGGAGUAGCCGAUUUAGAGUCAGAGACCCAAGUUCUGGAGCAACAAGUCUUGGCACAGCUGGCAAGCAGUUCAGACCCCUUGCAGCGCCUGAUGGUUCUGCAGAUGCGACAAACUCAGGAUCUUGUGAAAGCUCUUAUGCCCCGACAACAGACAGAUCCGAUUGCCGCCAUGUUAAGCGGCUCGGACAACGGUGCCGCCAGCUCAGGCGGCGGAGUUUCUGUGAAGGGCUACGCAGCUCGGGAGAUGUUCCUCAAGCAGCUACAGGACGAUCACAAGCUAGUCGAGUUAAUCAAGCAGAAUGCCAGGCUGGAACUGGGUGUUCAGAAGGGAAGGGAAGAACCUUCUUUGAUGAAGACAUUCCUGGAGCAGCGCAUCCCGAUUGGCGACCAUCGCUUGCUAGCCCAGUUUGGGUACAUGCUGGCUUCGGGGUGGGAGCUGGGCGAGACAUCCCAGAAUCACCAACUCAUGGCGUUUUGCGGAAGGAUGAUGAUGUUUGUAGAGCAAAGCUGUUUGGAUUCCGGCCGCGCAGGCCUUGCCUGGCUGAUGACGGGUCUUCCAGAACCGAACUUCCAGCAGCUAGCUUUGAACAAGAAAAGGUCAACACUGACGCCUUUUGCCAAGUUAGCCCCGCCAACAUGGAUCGCUGCCAACCUGAGUUACCUCAAGGAUGUGGACACGUUCGAUUCGCGUCUUCGGCAGUUAGGAAUCAGCAAGUCUCAGAAUCCGCAAACUCCGGAAGGGGAUCCAGAAGAUCGGAAUCCCAAGCCGAAAUUCAAGCCCAAGAAGCCAAAGGGCGGCAAGGGAGCAAAGGGGUCCGAAGCGGCCUCAAACGACGGCUCCAAUGCAUGCUUUGGUGCCAGCUUGGCUCUCACGCACUGUGGGCUUGCCUACCAAUCGCAAGCCUUUGUGGCCUGUCCCUCCACCCCUUUGGAGAUGGCCGGGGAGCCUUGGACUGAUGCCCAGUAUAAAGUGCUAGAAGUCUUGCAAGAGCACAUUGACCACUUUUGCAGCCAGCCGACCUUUAGCCAGACUGACUUAGGGAGGUUCGGGGAAAAAUUCGCUGCUUUGGGAAAGUCGCUUCAGGAACUGCCGCAACAUGUGGAAGUGGACCUUGGUGAUUUGUUGCAUGAAAUCAAAUUGAGUUUCGAUGCGUACGCCCGCUUUGAAGUUGAUGGACCUACAAAGGACCGGCCCGAUUGGCUGAUUGCUCUGGAGAAUGGGAAUUUCAAGCAGUUUGACCUUGUUUGCCAGGCAGCUGGCUAUCCUCGUGUUAUCGGCAGGUGGAUUAGAAUGUUGCUGCUGUUAGCUGGGGAUGUUGAGAGAAAUCCCGGCCCGGAGAGACCACCAGCACAUGCGCCGAGAGGCGAGCUGAAUAUGGACAUCGGUUUUGCCAAGGCGACCUCUCAGAGAAUGAAAAAGUGUUUUUCUGCAUUUCAGCAUUGGAUUGAGCUGGAAGUAAAGAUAGACUUCAACAGUCUGAUGCAGGAGCACGAGACCUGUAGCCUAGCUCUUCGAGCGUAUGGGUUGCAUCUCUUCCGUUGCGGAUAUCCCAGAUACAUGUAUGUGUAUGCGAUCACGGCGGUCCAGGACACUUUUCCUCAGCACCGGCCUUUCCUGGGAGCAGCUUGGCAGGUUGACAAGAAGUGGCAAGUAGCUGAGCCAGGCCAAUGUCGGCCAGUUCUAUCCCUGCCUAUUUUCAGGGCUGCUCUUUGCGUGGCUUUGCUCUGGGGAUGGAAGCGAUGGGCGGCUGUCUCCAUGAUCGCGUUUGCUGGGAUGCUGCACCCUGCAGAGUUUAUAGCACUCGAGCGCUGUGACUUGAUGCUGCCUAGAGAUACUUUCUUUUGUACUGAUCAACUUCAUCGUGGAGUCACUCCUGGAACUUUACGAGGAUCUGGGGCGACAUGUCUCUAUUUGCAGACAGAGAACAUCCCACUGAUUUGCUGGCGUGGUCGGUGGAGCCGUGUCAAGACGUUAGAGUACUACUUACAAGAAGUGGCAGCUCAAGUGAUGCAUCAUUCUCUGAAGCCUGAAGCGAAAGCCGUGAUCGAAACUUUGAAUGAAGCAUGUCUUGGAGUUUUUACCAUGGUUUUGCAUGCGGUGAGCAAGGACGCUUGCGGCGCAGCAUGGGCAGCUUGGAGUGGAAGUGAGAAAUGGAGGAUGCAAAGUAUCCUUCAAGUGAAUGUGAACGAUCUGUCUGCCUCAAGCUUUUUCCCACAGGCCUCCCACCCGGAUUGA